CGGAGUCCAAUUACACUGUCCCCGCAGCACAUCUCUUUUAACCAUGAUUUCCCGUUCAAUAUCCUCAUGGGGCCAGCUCCCAUUGCCGGGAUCAAGUCUUCGUCUAUCUGCCCAGAUCAAUUCAAGAUGCAUGGAUUCUGGACGACGAUUCUUCACUCGCAAUUCAGUUCUACGACAAAACAUUAAUGCUCCCUUCAAUACACCUCAAUCGCAAAAGCGCAAUGCGUCCACCAUGUAUUAUACCAUGAGUAUCAUUCUCGGUACCGUUGCUUUGGCUUAUGGCUCUGUUCCUCUGUAUAAAAUGAUCUGCCAACAAACUGGCUGGAACGGUCAACCAUCUACUACGCAUCGCGGAGGCGACAACGAUACCGCAUCUCGUGUCAAACCCGUGACAGACGCCCGUCGACUCAGAAUCACCUUCAAUGGAUCAGUGUCGGAUGUUUUACCGUGGAAGUUCACUCCGCAGCAACGCGAAGUUCGUGUGCUUCCAGGAGAAACAGCGCUUGCUUUCUUUACAGCUACGAAUAAGGGCCCCACAGAUAUCAUUGGUGUUGCGACAUACAGUGUGACCCCUGGUCAAGUCGCACCCUAUUUCAGCAAGAUUCAAUGCUUCUGCUUUGACGAGCAGAAGCUUAACGCCGGGGAAUCGGUCGAUAUGCCGGUAUUCUUCUUUAUCGACCCUGACUUCGUCACGGACCCAAACAUGAAAGGCAUUGACACUAUCACUUUGUCAUACACCUUUUUCAUUGAUAAACACCGGCCUCGCUCGCUGGACUCUCUGACAUAUCACCCAGAGCUUUCCUCACGACUAAAGUCCCUGGCACAAAGCGGCGACUUCCCACAUCUACUGAUCUACGGACCAUCAGGCGCAGGCAAGAAAACACGCACGAUCGCAACCCUGAAGGAAUUGUACGGCCCUGGAGUGGAGAAGAUCAAGAUCGACGCCCGAGUAUUCCAGACGACGAGCAACCGGAAGCUGGAGUUCAACAUUGUCUCCUCCGUCUACCACUUGGAGAUCACACCGUCGGAUGUGGGCAACUAUGACCGCGUCGUUGUCCAGGAGCUGCUUAAGGAGAUCGCGCAGACGCAACAGGUCGAUCUCUCGGCGAAGCAGCGGUUCAAGGUGGUGGUGAUCAACGAGGCGGACCACUUGACGCGCGAUGCGCAGGCGGCGCUCCGACGGACCAUGGAGAAAUACAGCCCCAACCUCAGACUCAUCCUCCUGGCCAACAGCACCUCGAAUAUCAUUGCGCCGAUCCGAUCCCGCACCCUGCUGGUCAGGGUCGCUGCGCCCACGGAAAAGGAUAUCUGCGCGGUGUUGCGAACGGCGGGCAAGAAGGAGGGGUGGCCAGAGGCGGAUGGGCUGAAUCAGAGGAUUGCGAGGGAGAGUGGUCGGAACCUGCGCCGCGCGCUGCUGAUGUUUGAGGCCAUUUAUGCACAGAAUGAGAAAGUCACCGACAACACGCCAAUUCCACCUCCCGACUGGGAAGCAUUGAUUGCGCAAACUGCGGAUGAGAUUCUGGCGGAACGGUCACCGGCUCAAUUGUUGCGAGUCCGCUCACGUCUGUAUGAUCUGCUGACGCAUUGCAUACCGGCUACUACCAUCCUCAAGACCUUAACCUUCCAGCUCGUCGGCAAAGUGGACGAUGCUCUCAAGCCCGACGUAAUCAAAUGGUCGGCUUUCUACGAGCACAGAAUCACCCAGGGCAGUAAAUUGAUCUUCCAUCUCGAGGCAUUUGUUGCCAAGUUUAUGCGCAUUUAUGAAAGUUACCUCAUGGGCAUGGAGUUUUAAAAGGGUCUAGAGUAACAAACAAUGGACGAGUAAUGAAUUAAUUGUACUAUAACAGGUCGUUAUUUCCAUAAAUCAGGC